AUAUGAAAACUGAAAUACAGAAACGAUUUUGUGAUUUCAUUUUUCAUAGUUCAUAUUUAAAUCAAAAUGGCUCAUAAACUUUAUACAAUAUGUUUGAUUAUGAUUUUGAUUGCUGCAGUCACAUGUUCAGAGGAAGAGAAACAGCCUAAAUCAAGACAUAAACAUCAUCAUUCCACAACAGUAGAAUCGACCACAACACCAACCCCAACUACAGCAUGUACAGCAUCCACAGCGUCUAGUAAAAGAGAAAGUAACAUUUUCGCGGAUAUAAAUGAACUCAUCGGCAUAUUGAAAAAUUUAUACGCACAAGUUCAAGAAAUAUGGGAUAUGAUUUCUGCUGCUCCGGCAAAAGAAAAAAUUAAUAAAGCCUUGAAGAGAGUAGGAGACAUACACAAUGAUGUAAUAUUAGAUAUUCUAAGAGGAAUAACUGGAGAAGAUCAGAAGUUUUCAAACGUAUUUGAUGUCGUCGGGUAUGUACUCAGCGAGCUGAAAGGAGAACUGGUAGAACUACUGAAUUAGUGAGGAAUACUUGGAGCACUUCGUCCUUUAUGAGAUAUAUUUGAAUCGAAUAAAAGUACUCACAGAAA